AUGUUAAGAAAUUCUGCAUCCAACAUUGUCAAAGCGACAUAUACAAGAAGAUUGUACUCUACGUACGAUUCUUCUUCCAAAGUCUUAUCCAGCUUAAAGAACAAAGAUCUUAUCAGAACUCAAGGAUAUAUUAAUGGUCAAUGGGUUGCUAGCAGUGACAAUUCAACGUUCGAAGUUAAUAAUCCUGCCUUAGCAUCUGGAGCAGGUACAAAGAUAGCUGACGUGUCUUCCAUGACGACAAAGGAUUAUGUUAGAGCUAUUAAUUCUGCCCAAGACGCAUUUAGUGAUUUCAAGAAGACUACAGGACGUUACAGGAGUGAUUUACUUAUGAAUUUAUAUAGAUUAAUGCAAGAAAAUCAAGAUGAUUUGGCUAAGCUUAUAGUGCUUGAAAACGGAAAACCAUAUGCUGAUGCUUUUGGAGAAGUAGCUUAUGCAAGUUCAUUCUUCCAAUGGUUUGCAGAAGAGGCACCAAGAGUUUACGGUGAUAUAAUCCCUUCAGCCUUGGCUGACAGUAAAAUAUUAGUAAUGAGGCAACCUAUUGGGGUAUGUGGAAUAUUAACUCCCUGGAAUUUCCCGGCUGCAAUGAUUACCAGAAAAUUAGGUGCUGCAGCUGCUACUGGUUGUACUACUGUCAUCAAACCAGCUUCUGAAACACCAUUAUCUGCUUUGGCUUUAGCAUAUUUGGCGGAACAAGCGGGUUUCCCCAAAGGCUCCGUUAAUGUUUUGCCUUCAUCCGAUGCUGCUGGAGUUGGUAAAUUGAUGUGUGAGAAUCCAACCAUAAAGAAGGUUUCAUUUACUGGUUCCACUAAUGUUGGUAAGCUUUUGAUGUCUCAAUCUUCGUCUACUUUGAAGAAAUUAUCAAUGGAGCUCGGUGGUAAUUCACCUUUUAUCGUCUUUAACGAUGCUGAUAUCGAUAAGGCAGUCGACGGAGCAAUUGGUUCAAAAUUCCGUUCGUCUGGCCAAACAUGUAUUUGCACAAAUAGACUUUUCGUUCAUGAAUCUAUCUAUGAUGAAUUUGCUUCCAAAUUGACUAAAAAAUUAUCGGAAACAGUGAAAUUAGGUAACGGCUUAGCUGACGGAACUACACACGGGCCCCUCAUCCAUGGUAAAUCUAUGAAUAAAGUGAGAUCACAUAUUGAAGAUGCAACGUCUAAAGGUGCUAAGGUUUUACUUGGGGGUAAUAAGCGUGAAGACCUUGGAGUAAAUUUCCAUGAGUUAACGGUCCUUGGUGGUGUCACACAAGAGAUGGAUAUCUUCAAUGAAGAAACUUUUGGUCCGGUAGCACCCUUAAUUAAAUUCAAGUCUGACGAGGAAGUCAUUAGCUUAGCAAAUGAUACCGAUGUUGGAUUAGCAGGUUACUUCUACUCUUCAAAUAUUAAUAGGGUUUUCAAGGUUGCAGAAGAGUUACAAGUUGGAAUGAUUGGUGCAAACACUGGUGCGAUCUCUGAAUCAGCAUUACCAUUUGGUGGAGUUAAGGAAUCUGGAUUUGGAAGAGAAGGCUCCAAGUAUGGCAUUGAUGAUUAUACUGUUGUUAAGAGUGUUGUAUUAGGUGGUUUGGAUUGA